AGUCUUUUUCCAUGGCGCGCUAUGUUUUGUGUUUUGUUUUGGCGGCGUUUCCACGAUUUUUCUCGUAAAUUGUCGUAGGAAGUGUAGUGUGAACAGUUUAGGAAAAAUUUCGUUCGCUGAAGGUGAAAAUACGUAAUUGAAUAUCAUUAUGAGUUCCGAUUGGCAUGCAAAUCGAUCCGACGAUGAGGAAGAUGAGUACGAAGAAGCUUUUGCUGGCCGUUCGGGGUACAUACUGACCGUAGAUUGUGCCGGUUACAUGUUCGAACAGGAAGAUGAAUCUGAGUCUCCGUUUGUAGAAGUGCUCCAAAUCAUCGAGGCCAUGAUGCGUAACAAAGUGGUUACCAACGAAACGGAUUUGAUUGGAGUAAUUUUUUACAAUACCAAAAACAAUCCCGCACCAGAAAGCGACGAAGAACUGCAACCAGGCUUAGUUGCACCGCGACAAUGUGCCAUCUACAUUCCACUCGGCACCACUUCAGUGGAAAUGAUUCGCAAAGUGCGUGGAAUGCGCGAAUCGAACGAUUUGUUCGGUUUCGAUUCAAAGUACGGUCACUCAGGUGGUACCAGUUUGUCAAAUGUAAUGUGGCUCUGUUCAAGAAUGUUUUCCCACUGUGGGUACAAGUUGCGCCAAUCCACGAUCGUGCUGUUUACGAGCAACGAUAAACCACACGACAGUAGUACCAACGAGUAUCAGCAAGCAUUGGUAAAGGCGAGGGAUCUGCAACAGAAAGAAAUUUUUGUAGAGCUGGUACCGAUGAGCAGCACCUUUAAUUGCGACCAUUUCUACAAAGAAUUCCUGUGCACCGUGCUGUUGGAAGAUAUGAACGAUUUCGAUGCUCCGGUGUAUGAACAAUCGAAGGCUACGCUUCUGAAUCGAUUGUUUGUCAGAAGCUAUAAAAAACGAUCAACGGCCCACCUAAAGUGGCAUCUUUCGGAUGAUCUAGCACUGGGUGUGAAUGUUUAUACGUUAAGAAGGAGUCCACGUUAUCCUAAAAAGGUACGAUUGUUAAGAUCAACAAACGAAGUGAUCGUUUCGAAACGGGUUCAUGUGUCGAGCACCUUUUCCGAGGAUGGAGAGCAGGAAACAUCCAAAGUAAUUUUACCCGGUGAGCAGAGAAAAUCGAUCACAAUCGGUGGUGAAAAAGUGUCGUUUAAGCCGGAGGAAGUGGCCCAUAUGAAACAGUUACUACCACCAGGAAUACGCCUUUUGGGAUUCAAACCGGCAUCAGUGAUCGACAUAACAAAUCAUAUCAGCAGCUGCUUAUUCUUGUACCCCAAUGAGGGUUAUAUUAACGGUUCGACUGUACUGUUUCGUGCGCUGUAUGAAAAAUGUCUUGAAAAGAGCCAGGUGGCCUUCUGUUUGCUUACUAUGCGUCGGAAGCAACCAACUAAGUUGGUUGCGCUGGUACCUCAACAGGAAUUAGCUCACGAUCCUUUAGGUGAGGCGGAUCGACAAUGUGGUUUUCGUGUAGAGUUUAUACCGUUUGCUGGUGAUAUUCGAAAGUUAUCCAUGCUCGAGGGAAUUACAACUCCGGAGGUAACAGAUGAGCAGACGGAUUUGUUUAAAAAGAUGAUCAAAAAGGUGAAGUUUAAAUUUCACCCGUCACAUUUUGAGGAUCCGUCGUCGCAAAAUCUGUACAUCAAUAUCGAGUCGCUGGUGUUCGAUGUGCAAGAUGCGGAGCUUGUCGACUCGACGCAACCCGAUUGUGAAAGAAUCGAUUCAAAGCUGGAACCAAUUUUAACCGACAUGGCGCGUAUGUUUGGCGAGGAUCCUGAAGAAGCACCAAAGCGUCGCCGGAAUGACGAAGCAGACACUGAAGCUGAACCCCGGGCUAAAGGGCCAAGAGUCGUACCGGUGAACGAUGAAGAACUGGUUGAAAUGGUGAAACAGGGCAAGGUGACGAGCUUAACCGUAGCCGUACUUAAGCAAUACCUGCAAAAACAAGGCGCCCGUGGACUUUCCGGGCUGACAAAAUCGGGCCUUAUUGAUAAAAUAAUUGAGAUACAAGACGAUUAAAAC